CAAAGGAGUGUAACCGCUAUACUGUUUGGACUAAAAUCAAGAUGGCCUUGUUCAGAGUAGUGUUUGCCUUUGUAGUUCUGGGCGGAGUGGUGUGUCUCCCUAGAAGAUUCUUGUUUCAGGAUCGCUGUACACAGGACCCAGAGACUGGACAUUCCCAUAUCAAUCACCCCGACAAUGGCCCCACCGAUUAUGACGUAGAUAUGACCUGCAAAAACGGCACUAUAUACUGGAACUACCCCACGGGCACAAUAGACCUGCACUUUAAGGGGGACCACGCCUUCACCGUCUGUUUCCUGGACGAUCUAGGGGCAGACUACCUUCAGUUUACCGACAUCACUAGACCUGGAGCUCCAAAGAUGUUCCCUGCGUUUGAAAGAGAUGAUCCAGAAAAAGAAUAUUGCGUGACGUCAGUGAACAACAUUUUGGUCGUAAAGAUGCACGCUCCCCAGCAGACAUAUAUGGCUUCUUUGUUCUAUCAUUUGCGAUAAUUAAAGGAAGUGUUG